AUGGCGGCGGCAGCCGAGCCCGGGGCCCGCACCUGGCCCGGCGGCGGCUCCCCGCGUCCGGGCAGCCCGGCCUCCAGCCCCGUGCUGGGCGGCGGAGGCCGCGCGCGGCCGGGACCCGGGGCAGAGCGGGCUGGGGCCAGACCCCCGGCCCCCGCCGCUGCGCUGGGCCACAGCUUCCGGAAGGUGACGCUCACCAAGCCCACCUUCUGUCACCUCUGCUCCGACUUCAUCUGGGGGCUGGCCGGCUUUCUGUGCGACGUUUGCAACUUCAUGUCCCACGAGAAGUGUCUGAAGCACAUGAAAAUCCCGUGUGCAUGUGUGGCGCCCAGCCUGGUCCGGGUCCCAGUGGCACACUGCUUCGGCCCCCGGGGGCUCUACAAGCGCAGGUUCUGUGCCGUCUGCCGCAAGGGCCUGGAGGCCCCCGCGCUCCGCUGCGAAGUGUGUGAGCUGCACGUUCACCCCGACUGUGUGCCCUUCGCCUGCAGCGACUGCCGCCACUGCCACCGGGACGGGCACCAGGACCACGACACGUAUCACCACCACUGGCGGGAGGGGAACCUGUCCUCGGGUGCACGCUGCGACGUCUGCCGGAAGACAUGCGGCUCCUCAGAGAUGCUGGCUGGCCUGCGCUGCGAGUGGUGCGGCCUCCAGGCCCACCCAGUCUGCUCCUCAGCAAUCACCCCCGAGUGCUCGUUCGGGCGCCUGCGUAGCAUGAUCCUGCCCCCCGCCUGCGUGAGCCUGGUGUCCCGCAACUUCAGCAAGAUGCACUGCUUCCGCAUCGCCGAGACCCCAGCCCCAGACCCAGGUGAGGGGGACGACAGCGUGGACGGAAGUGCCGUGGCAGGCCCAGGCAGGGAGGUGCUGGCGUCUCCGGAGUCCAGCAAGCAGACCCUGAAGAUCUUUGACGGCAAUGACACUGUGCGGCGCAACCAUUUCCGUCUUGUCACUGUCCCCCGCCUUGCCAGGAGCGAGGAGGUGCUGGAGGCUGCGCUGCGGGCAUACUACGUCAGCGAGGACCCCUGCGACUUCGAGCUGCAGGCGCUUCCCCCGCCUGAACAGGCUGGCGAGAGUGGGGCCCGAGGAAAGGCCCGGACUGGUGGGGCUGCUGGGGAUGAGGGCAGCCGAGGCCCCGGGUCCCGAGACCCUGUGCCUGAGGCCUGGAUCAUCCGUGCCCGGCCCCGCACCCAGGAGGUCCUGAGGAUCUACCCUGCCUGGCUCAAGGUAGGUGUGGCCUGCGUGUCCAUCCGUGUGACCCCGCAGAGCACUUCACGGACGGUGGUGCUGGAGGUGCUUCCGCUGCUCGGACGCCAGGCCGAGAGUCCCGAGAGCUUCCAGCUGGUAGAGGUACUCAUGGGCAGCCGGCAAGUUCAGCGGACGGUGUUGGCAGACGAGGAGCCCCUGCUGGACCGGCUCCGGGACAUCCGGCAGACGUCCCUGCGGCAGAUGAGCCAGACGCGGUUUUAUGUGGCAGAGAGCCAGGCUGUGGUGCCGCACGUCUCCCUGUUCAUCGGUGGCCUGCCACCUGGCCUUGCCUCCCAGGAGUAUGGCCCCCUGCUACAGGAGGCUGUGGGCACUAAAGCUGACGUGGUAGCUGUUAGUCAUGUCUACCCCUCGCAAGGUGCCGUGGUGCUGGAUGUUGCCUGCUUUGCGGAGGCUGAGCGGCUGUACAUGCUGGUCAAGGACACAGCCGUGCAGGGCCGCCCGCUGACAGCCCUGGUGCUCCCUGACGUGCUGCACAUGAAGCUGCCCCCAGACUGCUGCCCCCUUCUUGUGUUUGUGAACCCCAAGAGUGGAGGCCUCAAGGGCCGAGACCUGCUUUGCAGUUUCCGGAAGCUGCUGAAUCCUCACCAGGUCUUUGAGCUGACCAAUGGGGGUCCUCUCCCUGGGUUCCACGUGUUCUCCCAGGCCCCCCGCUUCCGGGUGCUGGUGUGCGGCGGAGACGGCACUGUGGGCUGGGUGCUUGGUGCCCUGGAGGAGAUACGCCACCACCUGGCCUGCCCAGGGCCCUCUGUGGCCAUCCUGCCCCUGGGCACAGGGAAUGACCUCGGCCGAGUGCUCCGCUGGGGGGCGGGCUACAGUGGAGAGGACCCCUUCUCGGUGCUGGUGUCGGUGGAUGAGGCUGACGCUGUGCUCAUGGACCGUUGGACCAUCCUGCUGGACGCACACGAGGCCUGUGGCACGGAGAACAGCGUGGCCGAUGUGGAGCCCCCAAAGAUUGUACAGAUGAAUAACUACUGUGGGAUUGGCAUCGACGCGGAGCUAAGCCUGGACUUCCACCAGGCACGCGAGGAGGAGCCCGGCAAGUUCACGAGCAGGUUCCAUAACAAGGGUGUGUACGUGCGGGUCGGGCUGCAGAAAAUCAGUCACUCACGCAGCCUGCACAAGGAGAUCCGGCUGCAGGUGGAGCAGCAGGAGGUGGAGCUGCCCAGCAUUGAGGGCCUCAUCUUCAUCAACAUCCCCAGCUGGGGCUCAGGGGCCGACCUGUGGGGCUCCGACAACGACGCGAGGUUCGAGAAGCCGCGCAUAGACGAUGGGCUGCUGGAGGUGGUGGGGGUGACAGGCGUCGUGCACAUGGGUCAGGUCCAAGGCGGGCUCCGCUCUGGCAUCCGCAUCGCCCAGGGCUCGUACUUCCGUGUCACGCUCCUCAAGGCCAUCCCUGUGCAGGUGGAUGGCGAGCCCUGGGUCCAGGCCCCUGGCCACAUAAUCAUCUCGGCCGCAGGGCCGAAGGUCCACAUGCUGAAAAAGUCCAAGCAGAAGCCCAGGAAGGCCGGUGGCGGCCCCAAGGAGGCCCGAGUGGACACAUUCCCUGCCCCGGAGGGGGACACCAAAUAGAGGUGGCUGUGGGAGGCUGAGGAGGGCCAGGAAGUUGGCCUGCACCCGUCCUGCCCUGCCUCCAGAGCAGCAGCCUCGUCCUGACUGUUGUCUUCCUGGGACCACAGGCCUGGGGACUUCUCCAUCCCAGUCCUCAUCCUGCACUGUGUCAUGUGGAGGCCGCUGGGCUGGUAACAUGCGUGCCCUGUGCCUUGCAGGGGAGCCGCUGCCAUCUGGCUGUACAGGGCUCGGCGGGGCCGAGCUGCAGGCCUGGUGUCAGACAUGGGACCUCCCCCCUUGCCUUCAAGCCCCUCGCAGGAUGCAGGCAGCCAGUGGACCUCACCUCAUCCAGUGCCCAUUGGGCAUUGCCUUGGAUGGCCCUUGGGAUGGUCGGCUCUGUGGAGGCCCACACUUCAGCUUCCCCUGCAGCUCCGGGCAGGUGUGGCAGCGCUGCCAGCUGCCCCCUAGGUCACUUCAUCUGAGAUCUGCCCCUUGCCGCCCCCCCGGCCUCCUCUCAGUCUGUCUCCUGAGCUCCUGACCAGAGGCACGCCCAGGCCCUGGUGGGUGUGGUGGGCAGGACGCACCGGAGUGGCAGGCUGUUUGGGGAAGGGUGCUUCUCCUUAUCGCCAUGCGGCCUGGGGGGGCGGGGGAGGGAGUGGAAGAGACCCCGUGCUGGCCCUCAGACAGGUGUGGCAGGUGCCCUCUCCCAGUCUGUUGUGCAGGCCAGGGCUGGGCUCCCUGGACGUUCAGGCUGUGCCUGGGGAGAGGGGACCUUUCUCCACCAUGGGUCCUAAGGUUGGCAGGAAGCAGCCCCGCCAGCGGGUGGCAGUGUGGGUCUGAGCCCAGGAGCAGGUGGGCAGGGAUUGUUAGGGACAGGCCUAGUGGCCGCCCCUCCUGACCCCCGGUGGGGUGUCCAGAGCAGGUGGAGGUCACCAGAAGAGAACCUGAUGCAGGGCCCGCCAUUGCCCAACAGCCCCUGGGGCCUGGAGCUCAGAGGCGGCUGUGGUGUAAAGAAACUGAGUGUGUUGAAUAGCUAUAGUCACCUGGGUCCACGUUACGUACUUCACAUGCCUGUCUGCCAGCGAGCCGCAUGGCAAGGGCCGGCUCUGUGCUCUAUCGGCGCUUCUGGGCUUCAGUGCAUAACCGCCCCUCUGGCUCCUGGCCCACCCAAGGUGCACAUCCCCGGGACGGUGGAGCCCGUCAGGCCACAAUGGGGGGAGCACUGUUGUAGCAGACGGCCCCCCGGGGGUGAUUCCCAGGAACUCGGACCACAGGGGCGGAUGCACAACAGCACACCUACCUGGGAGGUCUUCCAAGGUGCCCACCCAUUUCCCCGGGACAGGUUGUCCCGUUGCCUUUGAAGUCAGGCUCGCACUGGCAGUGGUGAGGGCAGUGGGGACAGCCUUCGGGCUCCCCUGGGCUGGGGCACUGGCCUGGCACUUUGCCUGAAUGUGGGCCUCAGCCUCAGGGAUGGCUACGGGUUGACCCAGGAGCAAUGCCUUCAGUGUAGGACUGGUCCCCUGCCCCAUCCCUACCAUGCUUCUACCAAAACCACACAAACGCAUCGUGAGGCCGCUCUGUGGCGGAGCGCUCGCUUGUGUGCCUCCAGCGACUGCACGUGCCUGUGUUUAUGCUAUCUGUAACCCCUCCACCGGGUUUGUCGUGGUGUGGUCUGUGUUAGCUUUGCGAGCCACAGUGCCAUGUGAACUUACAAACUGUAAAUCACGGUCAGAGUGAACUUGUCCUAUAUUUAAUGCGUCUGUCUGCACCCAGACAGGCUGUGACUGAGGUGGCGGGCAGCUCCGCUGACUACUUGCACUGACUGGAACCCUGUUCCGUGUAGCUUCCUGAAUGUAACAGUAAUUUAUACCUGUGACAAAUACAGUGCUGGGCAUCACCAUU